GCCCAGCGAGCGAGCGAGCGAGGGAGCCGGGAAGGAGGAGGGAAGCGGGGAGGCGAGGCUGCUGAGGCGGAGGGAUCUGCGCAUCAAAGCGAACAAGGCGAGCAAAGUUUGGCUGGGGGUUGGACUUUCCUUCCUGGAGGCGGCACCCAAACAGCUACCCCGUGCGGAAACCCAAACUUUCUUUUGCCACUCCGAGUCUCGCGGCCGCCGCCUCCGCCCCGCGUUCGGGGCCUGCCCGACCCCGCGCCGCUGUCGGCCGCCUGCCCGUCUCCCCCGCCGGCCUUCUCCCCGCCGUGGGAGCCGCUCGGGGCGCAGGGCUGCGCGCCGAGCCCCGCAGGCUGCAGCGCCGCGGCCCGGCCCGGAGCACGGGCAAGUUCGCCGAGAGUUGAGGCGAAGUUUGGGCGGCCGCGGCCGGCCCCGGCCGAGCGCCCCUCUGCGCCCCCGGCGUCCCACCGCGCGCAGCCCCGCCGGGGGCGCCCUCCCCCAGCCAUGUCGUCUAUCCUGCCCUUCACCCCGCCGAUCGUGAAGCGCUUGCUGGGCUGGAAGAAGGGCGAGCAGAACGGGCAGGAGGAGAAGUGGUGUGAGAAGGCGGUCAAGAGUUUGGUCAAGAAGCUCAAGAAGACGGGGCAGCUGGACGAGCUGGAGAAGGCCAUCACGACGCAGAACGUCAACACCAAGUGCAUUACCAUCCCCAGGUCCCUGGAUGGCCGACUGCAGGUGUCCCACCGGAAGGGGCUCCCCCAUGUCAUCUACUGCCGCCUGUGGCGAUGGCCCGACCUACACAGCCACCACGAGCUGCGGGCCAUGGAGCUGUGUGAGUUUGCCUUCAACAUGAAGAAGGACGAGGUCUGCGUGAAUCCCUACCACUAUCAGAGGGUAGAGACCCCAGUUCUACCUCCUGUGUUGGUGCCACGCCACACAGAGAUCCCGGCCGAGUUCCCCCCGCUGGAUGACUACAGCCAUUCCAUCCCCGAAAACACUAACUUCCCCGCGGGCAUCGAGCCCCAGAGCAAUAUUCCAGAAACCCCACCCCCUGGCUACCUGAGUGAAGAUGGAGAGACCAGUGACCACCAGAUGAACCACAGUAUGGAUGCAGGUUCUCCAAACCUAUCCCCGAAUCCAAUGUCCCCAGCACACAAUAACUUGGACCUGCAGCCCGUCACCUACUGCGAGCCGGCCUUCUGGUGCUCCAUCUCCUACUAUGAGCUGAACCAGCGCGUCGGGGAGACAUUCCACGCCUCGCAGCCGUCCAUGACGGUGGACGGCUUCACCGACCCCUCCAACUCGGAGCGCUUCUGCCUCGGGCUGCUCUCCAAUGUCAACAGGAACGCAGCCGUGGAGCUCACUCGGAGGCAUAUCGGGCGAGGCGUGCGGCUGUACUACAUCGGAGGGGAGGUCUUCGCAGAGUGCCUCAGCGACAGUGCUAUUUUCGUCCAGUCUCCAAACUGUAACCAGCGCUAUGGCUGGCACCCAGCCACGGUCUGCAAGAUCCCACCAGGCUGCAACCUGAAGAUCUUCAACAACCAGGAGUUUGCUGCCCUCCUGGCUCAGUCUGUCAAUCAGGGCUUCGAGGCCGUCUACCAGCUGACACGAAUGUGCACCAUCCGCAUGAGCUUCGUCAAAGGCUGGGGAGCAGAAUACAGGAGACAGACAGUGACCAGCACCCCCUGCUGGAUCGAGCUACACCUGAAUGGGCCUUUGCAGUGGCUUGACAAGGUCCUCACCCAGAUGGGCUCCCCAAGUAUCCGCUGUUCCAGUGUGUCUUAGAGACAUUGGGUGUGAAGGGGGAGGGUGGGGA